AUGGCGGCGGCCGGGGACGCUUCGCCGCAGCCGGCGACUUCAGAGCAGCCGGCGGAGCUGCCUGCCUCCGUGCGGGCGAGCAUCGAGCGGAAGCGGCAGCGGGCGCUGAUGCUGCGCCAGGCCCGGCUGGCGGCCCGGCCCUACCCGGCGACGGCGGUUGCGGCUACCGGAGGCAUGACCAAUAUAAAAGCAGCCCCAAAGAUAAUUGAUACACAUGGAGGCUUCAUUCUGGAAGAGGAAGGAGAAGAAGAACAUACAGUUGGAAAAGUUGUUCAUCAACCAGGACCUGUUAUGGAAUUUGAUUAUGCAAUAUGUGAAGAAUGUAGUAGAGAAUUUAUGGAUUCUUACCUUAUGAGCCACUUUGAUUUGCCAACUUGUGAUAACUGCAGAGAUGCUGAUGAUAAACACAAACUUAUAACUAAAACAGAAGCAAAACAAGAAUACCUUCUGAAAGACUGUGAUUUAGAAAAAAGAGAACCACCUCUUAAAUUUAUUGUGAAGAAGAAUCCUCGUCAUUCACAGUGGGGUGAUAUGAAACUCUACUUAAAAUUACAGAUUGUGAAGAGGGCUCUAGAAGUUUGGGGUAGUCAGGAAGCAUUAGAAGAAGCGAAGGAAGUUCGACAGAAAAACCGAGAGAAAAUGAAACAGAAGAAGUUUGAUAAAAAAGUAAAAGAAUUACGGCGAGCAGUAAGAAGCAGUGUAUGGAAGAAGGAAAUGGUUGCUCACCAACAUGAGUAUGGACCAGAAGAAGACCUAGAGGAUGACAUGCACCGGAAGAUUUGUACUACAUGUGGCCAUGAACUGACGUAUGAGAAGAUGUGA